GUCGAUUUCAAUUUCAUUUGUAUUUUGGCUAUUGGAUUGAAUUUCAAAUAAUAACAAUAAUGGUAUCUUUACGAGUCCGCAAUCUAAAAGUUCGCCAAUUUAUGGCCGAAUUUUUCGGCACCAUGAUUCUAGUGUGCCUAGGAUGUUCGGCCAAUGCAACUAUUCGAUUUAAUGAUCAAACCAUUAUGAAUAAAGGCCUAUCAAUGUUUAUCACUCCAAUAGCAUGGAGUUUGGCAUUAACCGUAGCAUUAUAUGUGUCCGGUGGUGUUAGCGGUGGUCAUCUAAAUCCAGCCGCUACAGUAGCUUUAGCAUCGGUCGGUAAAUUUAAUUGGUCCAAUGUUAUUGGAUAUAUGGUUGCACAAUAUCUCGGUGCAUUUUUUGGAUCAACAAUUACAUUUAUUGUUUAUCGUGAAAGUUUUUUCAAUGAAAAAUUUGUUAAUUCAACAAUUGGAGUGUUUGGUACAGAAAUGAUUGCAGAAAUAACAACCGGAACAGCUCUAGUGGAUCAGAUUGUAGCCACUGCCUUUUUUCUGCUCAUCAUUUGUGCCAUUAUGGAUGAAAAAAAUAUGGCUGUACCUAAACCAUUCGUACCGAUUGCAAUUGGUUUUACUAAUCUUGGUUCGAUACUUUUUUCAUUCGGUUAUAAUUGUGGUGGUCCAUUGAAUCCGGCUCGUGAUCUAGCUCCAAGAAUAUUUUCAGCCAUUGCUUUAUAUGAUGUACACGAUGUUUUUCGGACAAAUUAUUUUUGGGUACCAUUUGCAGGCUGUCAUGUUGGUGCCAUUAUUGGAUGUUGGCUAUACCGGUUGAUCAUUGAAAAUCAUUGGCCCGAUGAACAAUAUGAUUUUCAUGAUGAUGGACCAAUUGAAAUGUCUGGUAAUGGCAAUUGUACUGUUCGUGUUACACGUGAAAAUUGAAUUGAAUUUAAUGAUUCUGUCCAUUAUUGGCUGAAAUUAAUUGAAAUAAAUUUGUUUUGAUAAAACAUACACUUAUAUAAAAAACAAAAAUC